GAGUCUUGCUCUGUCGCCCAGGCUGGAGUGCAGUGGCGUGAUCUCGGCUCACUGCAACCUCCGCCUCCCGGGUUUGAGCAAUUCUCCUGCCUCAGCCUCCCGAGUAGCUGGGACUACAGGUACACAUUACCACGCCCGUGGAAGCCUUUCUAAGUUCUCAUAUGGAAGGAUGACCACAAAAGAGCCCUGGGACAGCCAGACCUCCUGUGGUCUUGGGUGAGAAGUUGUCUCCUCCACGCCCCCAUCCGUGUGUUCCUGGGGAAUCCCUGAGGUGUGGGGCACCUGUGUGCUGAGGGCUGUGCUGGUGGUCCCCGGUUCACCCUCUGCCUGGAUGCAAACCAUUCUUCCUCGGUAUCUAUGCUAGCUGUGAUGUCUGUGGCCUGAGACCAGGCCUCCCCGCUUCGUUUCUCUGAGAUUCCAGAAGGACGAGAUUAACAUUCACAUUCCUAUUGGCCUAUGUGUACCUGAUCAUGCCUCAUGGAUUUCCAUUCUAAGACCUGAAAAUAUUCGGUGUGACAGUGGAGUCAGUUCCAUCAACAUUCAUGUCCCCAGCGGCUGGGCUGGACCUACAUGUAUACCUGUGCCACACCUGGUCCCACCUGCUAACUUCCUGCCCUGCCUGCCUUUGGAGCAGGCACCUCAGGGAGGUCCCACCUGCUUCCAGAGUGCUUCCUGCUGCAUUUACCCCUGCCCUUCUCCUAGUAGCUGCAUGGAGGUUCUGCUGUCGACACCCCCCACCCCCACCCAACACCCUCGCCCUUCACAGGCACUUCCCGCAGCAAUGAAGAGGCCAAACUGAGGCAAGUGAAGUGGGCAGGGGCAGUUGUGUUGGUAGAAAGGGGAGGCAACGCCUGUCUUCGCUGGUGGUUAAGGAAGGUCAGACCCAUCUGCAUCUAUUGAGGGGUCCCUAGUGGAGAAGUGAGAGGCUGCACUUCCUGAUGGGAUUCCUGCCGCUUUGGGAAAGCCACUUGGCAGGUGUUUUGAGAGGUUUUUUUCGACUGGGAACAAAUUCCAAGGGAGAAUCCAAAGGAUGAGGGGGCCUCAGAUGUGCCAGGCUAUUCCUGACAGCAAGAGGCUGCAAUUGGCCAUCGGGCCACAGACAUGGCCCUGGCAAGCCCGAAGAGCUGCCCUAAAGCCAUCUUUUGAGGCUGUCAUCUGGAGUGGCUCCCCAUGUGGAGUCAAAACUGUCUGUGCUGAGAUUAGGAUGUAGUGUACUUCCCCAGAUAGAUGGACAGGUGCCAAGGGCAUCCCAGAAACAGGGCAAGGGCAGGUGGUCUGUGGGGGCAGUGGCUAAGGGGCAUAGAAGACAGCUUGUGAAGGAGCCGCCUUGGGUCUUUUUCGUCUGCUUUUCCUCCCGAUGUCCUUACCCCUGGCCCCUCCCCUGCCGUAAGGCUUUGAUGCUGUCUGGCCAGCUCCCUACCCAUUCUUCUCCAGCUCUUUUCUGCUUUUCAGCAUGGAGGUCAGUCUCCAGCCCAGGUGGACACAGCUCGUUCUGCUACAUCCUUUUUUGACCUCCCUGGGAGGCCACCUUAGGUGCUGCCCUCACCCUGUGGCCUGCCUCCCUGCCCUGAGGGUUCAUGCUGGACCUCUCAGGCCUGGAGUCAGAGCGGGAGCCUCCCCUCAGCCACAUACAAGUCCUGGCGCCUCUGCCACCCACAGGGCCACCUCCGUGAGAGUGGGAGACCUGCCACUCCUGGGUAGGGGGUGAGUUGCUUAAGGCAGGGUCCCCAUGGCCAGGGUCAGAAGUCAGCUCAUGUUUUGCUCCUAUGGGACCAACACCAAUUGGGUGCUAAGUGUUCCUUGGGACAGACUGUGGCCAUCUAUAAAGAGGCUCUGUGGAGCAUUCUGGCUCAGUGUGCCUGGGCUCGAGGGCAAGGGGUCCGGGCCAGUCCCUUUGCAGGGAUUCCUCGCUGCAUUGCUCAGUGUCUGCCUCCUGGGCCUGGGAGGCCUAUGUCUGGAAUGCCCAGGUGGCUCUCCCCACACAGUGCUCAGGCUGCUUGACAUCAAGACCCCAGAGGUCGCAGGGCAGGACAGUCUCAUCUUGCCCCCAUCCUUAGCUCUGCUGACAUCACUGCCUGCCUUCUGCUGGCUCCAGGGAGUGGCCGCAUUGGGCACUCACCCUCUCUCUGUGUCUUACACAACAUACAUUUAAUAUCUCAGGCUCUAGGGCUCAGAAGUCAGGUCCAGUCUCACUGGGCUGGGAUCCAGGCAGCAGCGGGCUGUGCUCCUCUCUGGAGGAUCCAUUUCCUGCCCUGCCAGGUGUUGGCAGAGUUCAUCUGUUUACGGCGUAGGAUUGUAGGUUUCUAGCACCUUACAGGUACAGCAGACGGGCUCCUCUACUCCUCAGAUCCGGAACAUGGUGGCGGUGCUGGAAGUCAUCUCCAGCCUGGAGAAAUACCCCAUUACCAAAGAGGCACUUGAGGAAACACGACUUGGGAAGCUCAUCAACGACGUCCGCAAGAAAACCAAGAACGAGGAGCUGGCCAAGCGGGCCAAGAAGCUGCUGCGGAGCUGGCAGAAGCUCAUCGAGCCAGCGCACCAGCAUGAGGCAGCGCUGCGGGGGCUGGCGGGGGCCACUGGCUCUGCCAACGGGGGUGCACACAACUGCCGGCCGGAGGUGGGGGCGGCUGGCCCGCCCAGGAGCAUCCAUGACCUGAAGAGCCGCAAUGACCUCCAGAGGCUGCCCGGGCAGCGGCUGGACAGGCUGGGCAGCCGCAAGCGCCGGGGUGACCAGCGUGACCUCGGCCACCCAGGGCCGCCACCUAAGGUCUCCAAAGCUAGCCACGACCCCCUGGUCCCCAACUCAUCCCCCCUCCCUACCAAUGGCAUCAGUGGGAGUCCAGAGAGCUUCCCCGGCUCCCUGGAUGGCAGUGGGCAUGCAGGCCCAGAGGGCGGCCGCCUGGAGCGUGGCGAGAAUGACAAGCACAGUGGCAAGAUCCCCAUCAACGCUGUGCGGCCGCACACCAGCUCCCCGGGCCUGGGCAAGCCCCCUGGACCCUGCUUGCAGCCAAAGGCUUCGGUGCUGCAGCAGUUGGACAGGGUGGAUGAGACUCCGGGGCCUCACCACCCCAAGGGGCCCCCUCGCUGCUCUUUCAGUCCUCGGAACUCACGGCAUGAGGGCUCCUUUGCCCGGCAGCAGAGCUUGUAUGCACCCAAGGGCUCCGUGCCCAGCCCCUCACCGCGGCCCCAGGCGCUCGAUGCCACACAGGUGCCGUCACCGCUUCCACUGGCACAGCCGUCCACACCCCCUGUACGGCGGCUUGAGCUGCUGCCCAGUGCGGAAAGCCCAGUGCGCUGGCUUGAGCAGCCGGAAAGCCACCAGCGGCUGGCGGGGCCGGGCUGCAAGGCAGGGCUGUCCCCAGCCGAGCCCCUCCUGUCCCGGGCGGGCUUCUCCCCAGACUCCUCCAAGGCGGACAGUGAUGCUGCCUCCUCAGGGGGCUCGGACGGUAAAAAGAAGAAGAGGUACCGGCCUCGAGAUUACACGGUUAACUUGGACGGGCAGGUGGCUGAGGCGGGCGUCAAGCCUGUCCGGUUAAAAGAGCGGAAGCUCACCUUUGACCCCAUGACAAGACAGAUCAAACCUCUGACCCAGAAAGAGCCAGUGCGGGCAGACAGCCCUGUGCACAUGGAGCAGCAGUCCAGGACAGAGCUGGACAAGCAGGAGGCCAAGGCCAGCCUCCAGAGCCCCUUUGAACAGACGAACUGGAAGGAGCUGUCACGCAACGAGAUCAUCCAGUCCUACCUGAGCCGGCAGAGCAGCCUGCUCUCAUCGUCGGGCGCACAGACCCCGGGGGCUCACCACUUCAUGUCUGAGUACCUGAAGCAGGAGGAGAGCACCCGGCAAGGGGCCAGGCAGCUGCACGUGCUGGUGCCUCAAAGCCCGCCCACAGACCUCCCCGGGCUGACCCGGGAUAUCACACAGGACGAUCUCGACAGAAUCCAGGCCAGCCAGUGGCCGGGGGUGAACGGGUGUCAGGACACACAGGGUAACUGGUAUGACUGGACGCAGUGCAUAUCGCUUGAUCCGCACGGCGAUGACGGGCGCUUGAACAUUCUGCCUUAUGUCUGUUUGGACUGACCGGCCUGUCAGCCACGAAGUGCAUUCCCAUCUUGCAGAAGCCGGGCGGGCGGGCAGGCAGGUGGGCGGGUGGCCGGGGCCCAGCUGCCUCCUGCGCUGGGAACUCGGGGAGUCCAGCCCGGGCAGGAGGGAGGGGGCGGGAGUCACGCGGUCUCUCUGCACUCUUCCCUCAAAACUCCUUUUGUGAAAUGCUGCUACCAGUUUACUAACAAAAUUGCGAAGGAAGGACCGCGUGGAAGGAAGGACGGCAAAGUGAGUUCAGAACUCUAUAGCAAACCAGCUAUAAAAAGCGUUAGUCCCUCACCCCUGAAGAGGUGCGGACACUUUCCAGCACCUGAAAGCUGGGACCUCAGUUGCAGGCAGGCACAGAAAACCUGUGGAGAGGUUACCUUUAACACAGCAACAGAAGCACGCAUCUCAUCUCUCUUGCAUUUUCUGUUCUUUAAUUUGGCCCUGAGUGUGAGACAGUGGGCCAUGCUGCCUCUGUUUGCUCCCUACCCAGCCACUGUCAGGUCAGUGUUGUCCGUCAUGUGCCAGAAGCUUCUCAGCUGUGGUGAGCCACUGGCAUUGGGCAGGCGGGCCAGCUGGCCAGCCAGGGUGACCCACACUCCAUGGGCAGCCACCUGUUUAUAUCUGGUUUCAGUUAUAACCCCGUUUUUAAAGAAAUGCUGCAAAAAUUUAAGUUUUUUCAUGUUUAUUUUAACAACAACUUCCAUCAGACCACCAGACAAAAAAAAAACCUUUCCUUUCUUCCUCCCUUUCUUUUUUCCCUUCCUGUACACAUCUAGAAAACUUCACCUUUCUAGAGUCCUCCCAAAACAACACAAAAGUGACUGUGGGUGCUACUGGUUUUAUGCUGUACUGUGGGGCGAGGGGGAGACCUGUCUGUACGCUGGAAACACUCAUAACCAUUCCUUUAGAUUCGUUUGCCUUAUGGUUAUUUGUCAUAAACGCGAUUUGCAAAAACAAGGAGCCUUAGUGAAUGUACAGUACCUAGACUUCUGUGUUCUCAGGACGCAGAAGGGAGCAACUUUGCUAUUUGGUCCAGUAAGUGGACACCUUGUGAUAUAAAUGUGGAAAUAAAAAAAAAAAACAAAAAACCAUUUGCACAAA